UUGACUUCUGGGUGGGGGUGGUGGUUUGUUUGCAGGUCUGUGAAUCAAGUGUGUGUGGAAAAAUCACUCAUAUUCAGAGCUAAUAUUCCUUACCAUACUGAUAUCAUUGCUGUCUCUGAUGGACCUGAUCUAUUCUGUGUGCAGCUGGGUGAACCGAAACUGAACUAUUUCCAGCAGCCACGGCGUAUCAAAAAAUCUGAUUUUCUCAAGCUCUUGAGGAAGUAUGGCAGGCACUCUUUCUUAGCGCAAUCACAAGUCCAGCCAUCAUUCUCUGCGUUUUACCGAGCUGGCGAUCCAAUCCUAAUCUACUUUGAUUCGUUAUCUAUACUGAGUGUGCUUAGACAGCCAGUAAAAAUGGGAGUCGGUGGACUUUGUGUAGAUGGAAAUCCAGCUGGCUUCCUGGAAAGUGAAAGCACAAGCUGUACUCGCAUUUUCACAAACCUGAGCAGGAGCUGUGUCAGUGACCCUGCCCUAAAUGCUGCCUCCUACUACCAUGACUUUGCAGUACUAAAGGUUCCGAUCCAUGACACCAUUGCAGAGUCCAUGAAGGUAAGGAUCAGCCCAAUUGGACCACCUGGAGCUCCCUACAUGGAAGAUAACACGUGUAACAAUGCUGUUUCUGAAGUGAUCUAUGAGAUAGAAUUUAAUGGUACCCAUGGGAUUCAGAGUGUGUCUGUCCGGUUCAAAGUGACCAGCAUCUCUGGGAGCUCUGGAUUCUCACUGCAGCAGCACUUCACUUUGCGUUUUUGGACCAAGAUGCUUUCUCAUACACUGCCUAGAAGUGGAAACCCUGGUUAUAUCACUGGAGCACCACUACUGAUUGCAAAUGGUAGUGCAGUGCAGCAUAUGAGCAUUCUGCAGAGCGAGGCUGAUGGCAGUUGCUCGCAGUUUCUGAGACAUACAGUACGAUUUGGAAGCAAUAUGAGGACUGGCUGCAAACUCAGGCUAACUCAAAUGGAAGAAAGUAAUUGCAGUUACAUCCAGCUGAAGUUAUACAACGCUUUUCAGGGGAUGAACCAAGCAGAGAACCUUGCUAUAAUUGGUAGUGCUCGUUCAACCCAAGAAGAAGAGUGGGUGACCAUUCUGAUCCAGAACUGCAGUGUACAGACUGAGAAUUGCAGUUCCUGUUGCAUGAUUCCUCUGACCCUGGAUAUACAGAUAUUGUGGACUAAGAUGGGUCUCCUGUCCAACCCACAAGCUCAAAUAUUGGGUGUACGGUACUUCUAUCACUGUCAACCCCUAAAGUCCCUAAGCACAAGCUUGGUGCCUUUGACAACUCUUGUUACCUUCACUGACAUGACGGAAUGGCCAGAACCUCCACGUGGCCUGCCCAAAGUACACUGGAAACUCCCAUUUGUUUUUUUUCCAUUCAAGAUGGUACUGAAUAUUGAAAGAAGUUAUAGAGAUGAUUUGACUGCCUAUUUUGUUGUGAUUCUAAUAUUGUCUAGUAUUCUCUGCUUUUGAAGAGAGUCAAAUAGAUGGGACCUGUAUAAAUUCACUUACUGAACUUUAAGUACAUUUGUGCUGUGAUCCAGAUCAUAAACUGUUUUCAUCAGAUUCUUACGCUGUCUAUCAUAUCUUAUGUGCCUUCUGUUGAUGGAUUAAUGUACUUGAAUAGUUUCUG